CCCACUGGUGUCAUCGAGGCUUCAACCCUCUCUCCUAGCCCAAUUACCGAAAGUGCAAAUGUCCCGUUAUCGACCGAUCCGGUUAUGGAUUCGAAACCCGAAAGCAGCGUGAAUUAGUUAAGAGUUGGCUUAGCAGUAAAUAUGGAAGCCAUCACUCUCGCUGUCAGGUAGACAGAGAGAGAGAGAGAGAGAGAGAGAGACAGAUUCCGUUUCCCAAUCAAAAGGCAAAGCAAUCAGUUCUGUUCGGUUCCGCAGCCAAUCACUGCGCUCAUUUUCCAACUUGAACAUGCAGUGGCUGGCGCCAACUUCUCCUCCUCCUCCUCCUUCUUCCUCCUCUGCUUCUUCUCUGAGCUCUCUCACUUCCCAUACGCAGAAAGCAUUUCUGUCUUAUCCUCUUCCUUCCCCUGUUCCAAAGCCCAUCACUCCCCUCCCCUGUCUCCACCAUUUAUUUAACUCCUGCCCCUCUCUGUCCCACUCCAUUCUUCUACUCGCCCUUCUUCCUAUCUCUCUCUCUCUCUCUCGUCCUCUGAUCGGAUCGAUUGAGACCCAGAAAGCAUCGAGCUUGGCUUGUAAUGGCGGAUGCUUCCAUGGAGGACGAGUUGAGGAAGCUAAGCUCGGUGCCUGGCUCUCCUGCCAUGUCGGAGGAAUCGAGAAACAGAGUGUUCCCCUGCCUCUUCUGCUCGAGGAAAUUUCACAGCUCCCAGGCCCUCGGCGGCCACCAGAACGCCCACAAGAAGGAGCGCACUGCCGCUCGCAGGGCCAGGCGGGCCCCUGGGUGCAUCCACCCCAUGGCCUCGCCCCAGCCCGUGUUCUGCAGGGCACAGGCUUCCCCACUUGCCCUGCUGUGCCCGUCAAUCUACGUCUCGUCCCAUGCCGCCAACCUCCGGUGCUUCCCGGCCCCCCACCAUCACAAUCAGCAGACCUCCAACCAGGCCGGGAUGGGCCGGUUCGCGGGCCAAGCAUUCUAUGGCAGCUCAGGGAGUUGGUUCAGAGUGGCCCACCAGGAGGAGGACAAGGUUGAGAAGAGCUUGGCAGAUUGGGAGAGGAAUUUCUGGUUCGAUCAUCCUCACCCGGGAGGGUGUCCGGAGUCGAUCAUUGAUGACGAUGAUGAUCCCAAAGUCGAGAUGGGCAAGGAAGAGGAGAAUCAUAGGAGUUGUAUUAACAACAAUCUUGAUCUCUCUCUGCAUUUGUAGAGAAGGAAACAUCCACAAUCUGCUGAGCAGAGGCAAUUUUGGCUGAUAAUUUUCCUAAGGUAGUUUCUCGUUUUCAAGGUUAAGCCUCGACAGAUAAAUCACAACAAUUGAUCGGUGCAGUUCCGAUGAGAGACAGGGAAUCAAGGGUUGUGAUUGAUCAUUCGGUUUGGUCGAGAAUUUUCCCUAGAUAUAUGCCAUUUUCUAAGGUGGCAGGAUUCGAAAAAUCGGGACCUUCCAAUAAAGUCAUGCUAUAUUUCCCUGUGACAAGAAAGAGAGCUAAAGAGGAGAACAUUCUUCGGUUGUAUGGCACAAUUGUUUGUAACUUCAUUGUACAAGCAUUAGAAUCAAACGACGUGACAUUGAAACCGCC